UAUCCCUUAGGCAGAAAUCGCAAAGUUCAAAUGUCUAAUCUCCCCAGAGAGUGCAUCCAGCAUUUCUUCCCAAAACGGAAGUGUUUUGUCUUUGACUGGCUAACAAAAUACAAAGACCUCCUAGUCAAUAUUGAGAAAGUGACAGAAACACAGCUGGAUCUUGUGAUAGGAACAAAGAAUUUCUGUCCUUAUAGCUUCAGCCAGGCAAGAACAAACACCCUUAGAGAGGGAAUCAAGGUCAGUGGGAUAUGGCUGGGGACUCUGGUGGUGACCUAUGUGGAUACCAUUAAAAAAGGAGCAGUUCCUUGUCUGGAGACCACAGUGACAGCUCUGGCCCAGCUUCAAAACUCAGCGGCCGUGCAGAAGGCAGCCGACCACUACAGUGAGCAGAUGGCCCAGCGAGUGAGGCUCCCCACAGACAUGCUCCAGGAGCUGCUGGACCUGCACGCAGCCUGUGAGAAGAAAGCCAUUGAAAUCUUCAUGAAGCACUCCUUCAAGGAUGAAAACCAAAAGUUCCAGAAAGAUCUUGUGGAAAUCCUAAAGGAGAAUAAGGAGAGAUUUUUGCUGCAGAAUGAAGAGGCAUCUACUAAAUACUGCCAGGCUAAACUUGAUCAGCUUUCAAUGGCCCUAAUGGAAAGUAUUUCAGCAGGAACCUUCUCUGUUUCUGGCGGUCACAUGCUUUACUGGGACACAAAGAAAAGGGUUAAACAGGACUAUUGGCAAGUACCCAGGAAAGGAGCGAAGGUUCAAAGCGAUCUGCUCAUUGAAGGAUUUAGAAAUGAAUCAGAAGAGAUGAAUGCAGAGAUAAGUCAUUUGAAAAGUAUGAUUGAUAGUACUCAAAAUGAUGAUACUCCAUGGAUAGCACAAACCUUAGACAAAUUUGCCGAUGAGCUCACUUCAAUAUUGUCUGUUCCUGCUAAUCUUCUUGCAAUGCUGUGA